GCGGGGGGGUGAUGGUGAUCCGGCACUUCUCGCUGGGCGGGGAGAACCGCACCGUGCCGUGGGAGGAAGACUUCUGGCGGGUUGCCAGGAAGCCUAAAACGAGGAUAAGGGGGGAAGGCGGCAAGAUUCUGGGUGUUAGCAGUAACUCACUGGGAGGAGGGGAAGGGGUGGAAGGGGAGCAGGAAGAAGGCGAGGAAGAGGAGUGGGAGAUUCUAUAUGAUGCGUGGACGGCAGCGUACGGCCUGGAGCACAGGUGGAGCGCACCCGCACUUGUGUCGCUGCCGCCCGCUGUUGAAGCCAGUAUUGCAGCGAGGAGAAGAAGAAGGAGGAAUGCGGAGCGAGCGGGGGGAACAAGGGGGAGAAGGGUAGGGGAGGGAGGGGAGGAGCAAUUGCGAGAGAGUGAGGAGGGUGAAGGAAGCGGUGAUGGCAGUGCUGGCCAUGCACGCACUGACAGCGUGCCCGCGGCGCCACACCUGAUGCAGUGCGAGGCGGCGGCAGCGCAGCACCGCCUGCUGGAGCAGCGCCUGCCCGACGGCUCUCCCCCGCCCUGGGCCGCCCCCGUGGCUGCCGCUGCCGCUGCUGCUGCUGCUGAGUCUGCUGACCCAAAGGGGUAUCGGGAGAAGAUGAGGGGCGCGGCAGGUGGGCACGGACGGGCCGAGGGCGGUGGGGGCAGAGAGGACGGGAGCAGGCAGGGGCUGGUGCAGGAGAGGUGGGCCAGCGUCCCUCAGACGCCGUGGGUGCAGGGCAGUGAGUCGGACAACCUGCCGUUGACGCGUGUGGUGCAGGCGUCGCUGUGGCUGCACCAGUUCCCCGCCGACUGCUCCAGCCCCGCGCACCGCUUCCUGCUGUACCAGUGGCCGCCCGAGGGCGACCACGGCGUGGGGUCGGACCUGCACCUGCUCUCCGUCGCCAUGGGCGCCGCGCUGGCCGCCGGCCGCAUCCUCGUGGCGCACAGAAACUUCUUCCGCGCCCACCACGACGCGUGCCAAGGCGAGGCGGAGGGGUCGUUGGCGUGCUACUUCGCCCCGCUGGCCCACCCCCAGUGCGACGCCGCCGUGGCGGCGCUGGUGGAGGCCCAGCCGGCACUGCUGCUGCCCGUGGGCAUGGAGGAGGGGGAGAGCGCGGCGGAGGGCAUUGCGCUGGAGGCGGCCAACAUGGUGGUGGACUGCGGCGAGGUCAUGCCCACUCUACUCACGCAGCUCAGGGGCCCGCAGCGUGUGCUGCUGCUGCCGCUGUGUGCGCCCUCGUACCUGCUGCAUGCGGUGCCGGGGUGGUGGGGGCGGCCGUGGGAGGCGGUGCCGCGCUCGGAGGAGGUGCUGGGCGACAGCAGCCUGGCGGGGGCGCGCCACUGGAACAGGGUGAGCUGGUGGAGGGCUCAGACCACUCGCUUUGCCUUGCGCUGGCCCUCGCCCUACCUCUGCCACAUCACCAACAUCGCACGCCACGCUGCUUUUGGCCCGAUCACAGCGCGACAAGUGGCAGCAGCAGAGGCGGCGACGCAAGCGGCAGCGCGCAUGGUGGCAGCAGCCAACCGCACACAGUUUGAGCGGCUCAUGGGUGGCUUUUCAUGGCAUUCUCUGCCAUUCUCAGGGGGCAUUUGGGACGUCAGCAACAGGCAGGCUGCUGCUGCUGCUGCUGCUGCUGCUGGUAGUGGUAGCAGUGCGGCCAGUGGUGCCAGUGCUGCUGCUGCUGCUGCUGCUGCUGCGACACUUGCUUUCUCUGCAGGCGCAUCCUCGUCCCUGGUGUACGCCCCCCCCCACGUGCCGCGGCCGCUGGUGAGCGUGCACGUGCGGGCGGGCGACAAGGCGUCGGAGAUGGAGGUGUUUCCUCUGGCGGCGUACAUGGCGAUGGCGGGCAGGGCGCGCAUCAAGGACCCCUCGCUGCGCCACGUGUGGCUCAGCACAGAGAUGCAGGCGGUGAUAGACGAGGCGGCGCUGUUCCCCGGGUGGGAGUUCCACCACACGCGCAACCCGCGUGUGCGCAAGGGUGCGACGGCCAUGACGCACUUUGAGAGCGCACUGGGCCACGAGCUGGCGGCCGCCGUGUCGUUUGCGAACCUGCUGGUGGCGGCGCAGGCGGACUACUACGUGGGCGCGCUGGGGUCGAACUGGAACCGCCUCAUCAACGAGCUCAGGGUGACGGGCGGGCGGCUCAAGGCCGGGUACCUGUCUGUCAACUAUGAUGAGAUGUAGCGCAGCUAGCAAGACAGGUGGCGAUGUGUGGCGCGCGCUGCUGCAAUAGCAGUAGGCCUGAGGGAAAGGUGUAGUGCAAGCUGUGUGAGUGGCAAUUGUUGGUGGCUGCCUGCAGUGUCUUGUAUGCUAGUGCCUCUAGUUUGCCCUCUACAGUAUAGUGCAGCUCUGGACAAUGUUGCUCUAAGAAAUCAUAUUGGCUUGGACACUGUAAGAAUUUGAAAAAGGGUGCAGAAGACUAAGUAUAGAAUCUGCAGACAC